AUGUGCUUUUACAACCAGAAAAGAUUUGUGUGUGGGGACUUCAGUUGGACGAGCUUUGCCCACCAGUGCAACUAUGAAUAUCGAACCGGCGAGACGUGCGGCAUGAAACUCGUGAAUAAGACCGAGAACGUGAAGACACUAUGCCGCAUCUGUGAGAAGAUUGAAAUCAAAUAUCGUCGGCGAAGCGCCGAAUGUGAACGGGUGCAGCGAUGGAGACGCGACGGAGGUACACUGGUGGCCUCUAUCGAGAAGUCGCAAGACAUGAUACGGUUGCUGGACCAAGAAAUCAUGAAACUUCAGAAAGACCGGGAAGACAAAAGCAGAGCGCUGUGA